AUGUUCAGCCGACUCGCCUCUCGUCAACUUGCUGCUUCGCGCGCCGCAAGCCGCACUCUCGCCAGUCCCUCCGCGUCAUGGAACCGCGGCAUGAAGGUCUUGGCUAUCCUCUAUCGUGGCGGCGAGGCGGCGAAGCAAGAGCCCCGUCUCCUGGGCACAGUUGAGAAUGAGCUCGGUCUCCGCUCUUGGCUCGAGUCCCAAGGACACGAGUUCAUCGUCUCUGACGAUAAGGAAGGCCCAAACAGCGUGCUGAGCCAGCACAUUAAGGAUGCGGAAGUUGUCAUCACGACACCCUUCCACCCCGGAUACCUCACCAAGGAUCUCAUUGACACCGCGAAAAAUCUCAAAGUCUGCGUUACAGCCGGCGUCGGCUCUGACCAUGUCGAUCUCAAUGCCGCCGUGGACCGCAAGAUCCAGGUGCUUGAGGUUACAGGCUCAAACGUUACGUCUGUAGCAGAACACGUCGUCAUGACCAUUCUGCUCUUGGUACGCAACUUUGUCCCGGCCCAUGAAAUGAUCGAGCGUGGCGACUGGAUGGUCUCGGACAUUGCCCGCAAUGCUUUCGAUCUUGAGGGCAAGGUGGUUGGCACUAUUGGUGCCGGUCGUAUUGGCUAUCGUGUGCUGGAGCGCUUGAUGCCAUUCGACACUAAGGAGCACCUAUACUAUGACUAUGCAGCUCUCCCCCAAGAGGCGGAGAAGAAGGUCAGGGCUCGUCGUGUCGAAGACCUCAAGGAGAUGGUCUCGCAAUGCGAUGUUGUCACCGUCAACGCCCCCUUGCAUGAGGGAACCAAGGGUCUCGUGAACGCUGAUCUCCUCAAGCACUUCAAGAAGGGUGCUUGGCUCGUAAACACAGCCCGUGGUGCGAUUUGCGACAAGGACGCUGUCGCAGCGGCUCUUAAGAGCGGCCAGCUCACCGGGUACGGAGGCGACGUGUGGAACGUACAGCCUGCACCGAAGGACCACGUCUGGCGGACGAUGAAGAAUUCUCUGGGUGCGGGUAACGGCAUGGUCCCCCAUUAUUCCGGAACGACGCUGGAUGCGCAGGCGCGAUACGCUGCGGGCACGCGCUCGAUCCUUGAGAACUACUUCAAGGGCCAGGCGCAGAACCCCGCGAAUAUUAUUGUGGGCGUAGGCAAGUACGAGAGCAAGGCGUACGGCCAGCGCUGA